AAAAAGUAAACCGGUUCUAUUGGGGGAAAAUUACAAUGAUGGUAGUGCUAGGUAUCGUUAUUUCCAUGCUUCUGUUACCGGGACAGUCUUUUGGCGGUACGUCGACCGACUACGACAACCUUUACAACACCAUCUUGACAGGAUACAACAAAGAUGGCAGACCAGUACUGGACCAGGGCACUGCCAUAAAUGUCACGAUAUCCUUCACCCUGAUCGCCAUUGCCAACUUGGACGAAGUUACGAGCGAGAUGAUCACUGUCGGAAGCUUCACCAUCGCUUGGAAAGACGAAAAACUCCGCUGGACUCCAUCCUCGCACGGGAACACUUUAACGCUAACUAUUGAUGAGUCCGUGGUGUGGAAACCUUCAAUGACUUUCCUUAACCCCAUGUCAACCAACGUGGGCCUUCUCGGCAUGAAGCAGUCUAGAAUUAAAUAUUUCGAAGAUGGGUCCGCCUAUUGGAUGAUUGCUGAUCGGUAUCAAACAACCUGUGAUUUUGACACCAGAUAUUUUCCUUUCGAUGAGCAAACAUGUGACAUGAGAGUCAUGGCUUGGGAUUACACUACAGAGGAAGUUUCAAUGUAUCCAGAAAAAACUACUGUCGACCUAAACUAUUACAGUGAAAACGGAGCUUGGGAGCUGGUGUCCACCGAGACCAGAACUGAGGCUCUUUCGACCUAUUCUGUUGUCGUGUUUAGUCUGAAACUGAAGAGGCGGGCUAUGUUUUUCGUUACCAAUCUUCUGAUCCCCGUGUUUACGAUUUUGAUGUUGAACACUUUGGUAUUCAUUUUGCCAUCAGACAGCGGUGAGCGCGUGGGCUACUCCAUCACGUGUCUCCUAGCUUUGGCGGUUUUUCUUACUUAUGUGUCAGAAGGUCUGCCGCAAGUUUCUAAACCUAUGCCGGUGAUGGGGUACGUGUUGACCGUGUAUUUACUUAUCUCUGCAUUAAUUUGUGUGGAGACGAUAUUUAUCUUGCGUUUGCACCAUAAAGACGAGAACGAACAAAUGUCUCCUUUUUUCACAAAAAUAUACAAUAUUCUUACUUGUUCGACCUGUAAGAAAAGGUCAGGAGCUGUCGAAACAUCCUCGUCGCACAUCGACUUAGAAAAAGUGAAGGAAUUCAAUGACGAAAAGAAACCAGAGCCAUUGUCACUCACAUGGAAGAAACUUUCAUCCCGUUUGGACAAGAUAUGUUUCAUUAGCAACUUGUCUGUUGUAGUCUUUGUUGCCGUUAUAUUUUUUCUGCUUGUGACUGUGAAGUUGUAAGUGGGGAAAUUCUAUUAUUUGACAAUUUUACUCUUGAUGCUUCUCUUAGUUCAAUCCUGGGUAUCAAAGGAUGAUCAAGCAAUGUUAACCAUUUCACAAAUUAAUAAGAUAUAGGUAAAUCACCAUUUCUAAUUAGUUCGCUUACAAAGCUUUUGUGAAAAGAAUGAUAUUCCAGUACCUGGCAAAUCAGAGUGUACAAAGAAGUCAUCUGAAGGGCGGUGUUUAUUUGACUAUUAAUUAGACAUCAAUGCAGAAAACUAACAUAAAAAAUAGCAACACAGAGAAACGAAGAUAAAACGGGUUUCCAUAAAAUAAUGCAUCGGAUUUUAUUGCAAGAUACUUCUUAUAAAUGAAGAUAGCUAGAGAUUGAUAUACGUUUUUUUUUCUCUCUCUAAAAAAUGUUACACAUUGCAAUAUCGCAUACAUUAGCAUACAAUGGUGUUAAAAGUUCACGAUUUCUAUUAAAGUACCAAUCGCGAUGGUUUUAAUUUCACGCUGCUUAAAAAUCAAUUGAUCAGAAUAUAAGCAUUGAAACGUUUUUGAAAACUAAUGAUAGUAUUCACGAUGGGUUUAAUUUCGCGGGAAAAUAUUUAAUCGCAUAAUAUACAUAGUGAAAUUAAAACCAUCGUGAUUAUUUGCCAAUCUACAGUAUCAGAUCCACACUGAUCAAAUUUUGAUAGCAGUGAAUACUUGGGGCUAGGAUAGUAUUGUAAAUUGGUUGUGUUUUCAUGGUUGUCAAACACCUUUGGUUCUUUUCAAGGUUAGAUACAAACAUUUUCAAUUCAUUAAAUGAUAAAGUCUAAACGAGACAAUUUUCAUUUCAAUAAUCAUACAGACGGUAUCGAUUGGUGAUAUGAUUGUUAUGUAGGCAUGACAUCAACCAAUAUCAUGUAAUGUAUUAAAUAAAACAAUUGCCUGUUCUGAAAUAAACUUUUAUAUUACUAUGACUUUUUAAUCAUAUUGAUCGGAUCGCAAUUUUCAGAUUUGUUAUUCCACUGUAUUAACUUUCUUUUGUACUUCAGUCAACAUUACAUUUCUUUGACCUCAAAUUGUUUUUGUGGUUUACAUCUAAGUACAUCUAGUUUUUACAAACUUAAGUUAAAUGACGUUCUUUUUGACAAGCAUGGCUUGAAUGUGAUGUGUAAAAUAUUACAGCUAAAGAUAGUUACUUAAAAUAUAAAGGAUUUUUAAAAACCAAAAUGCUCUAGAUGAAAUGAUAUUUUAUACUUUUAAGUACCAUGCAUUAGGCAAAUUCUUGUUAAGAAUUUCAACAUCCCAUUUAAAUCCGAUAUGUGAGGAAUUGUCCCACAAAUGGCGUAGGCAGAACACAAAUCUUAAAGUCUGUUCACUGCAACUAAGCGUCUAUGUUUUUUUCCAUGA